AUGAAAGGUGUGGGGAAGUCAUGUCUCCUCCUGCAGUUUACAGACAAGCGGUUCCAGCCUGUCCACGACCCCACAAUAGGUGUGGAGUUUGGAGCCCACAUGGUCAACAUUGAUGGAAAACAAAUCAAACUGCAAAUCUGGGAUACGGCUGGGCAAGAAUCCUUCCAUUCUAUCAUUCAUUCCUACUACAGGGGAGCAGCUGGAACACUGCUGGUGUAUGACAUUACAAGGCGUGAAACCUUCAACCACCUGACCUCAUGGUUAGAGGAUGCCCACCAGCACUCUAGCUCCAACAUGGUUAUCAUGCUGACUGGGAAUAAGGCAAAUGGCAUCAAGAUUGGGCCCCAACAUUCAAUUUCAGCAUCACUGGGACUCAGCGUUUCCCAGCAGAACUGUCAUGACAUAGGGUCGAACUCUGGCUGCUGGUGA